AUGUCAGCGCCGCGGCGGAAAUCGUCAACGGACGCAAUGGCGACGAAAUCGCCUGUCUCAUAUUCGAGCGUGCGCGUCCUCCGUAUGCGCGUAUUGGCGUCGAGCUUUUCUGGGGUGGAGAUCUGGUGUUGCAGAGGCGGGAACGUUGUUCCCAAGCGGAUUGAGAGGCAGGCUGGUGGGUUUAAUACGGCUACCAUCCUCUCUGCUUUGGUCUUCGAGCCCAGUCAUUCUGGUGGCGCAACAUAUCGCUACUGGGCAUCUGGUUUGUGGAGCAAACACGCGAAAGAGGGAUAUACCGUAUGGGUAUGGCUUUUCCCUGGUCUCAGGACUCCAAUUACUUCUUUGAGGCUGUUACUUUGCUGUGUGUUCUUCGUGUUCACCCACCUCCUGCCCUACGUUGUACUAAUGUCAUUCCUAGCAUUCGUGUUUACCGGUCUUAGUGUUGGACGGAUGGCACUGUGGGCCAUCAAGAAACAUAAGAACUAG